AUGAUCAGAGGUCCGCAUGCAGCAUCACCACUGCUGGAUGAGAGUCUUGCUAUGUUGCGAACACCCCAAGUUGCUAAAGGUGAAGGAUUGGACCGCCUCCAAGUCUUCUCCUAUUCACUCACCCUCAUCAAUUUGAUUAACUCCGGUGCUACAAGCUCAGAGCUCUAUGGCGACCUUCACGAUAUUCGAGCUCUUAUAGCUCUGUUUUCUUCAAUUUCUUUUUCUCAUAUUCCACGAUCAGCAAAUGAACAAUCAGAUUUGCGUGCAAAAUCUGCUUUGGAUGCUUGUAGAAGAACAAUAAGUUGA